GAUCUCUUGGAUCUGCACAAAUAAAGCUUCUGUCACUAAACAAGAAUUCCUAAAUUUUAUACAUAACAUCAAUACAAAUACUUUCUUGGCAAAGAUUUUGAAGGAGAGAUGGAGCCUCAAAAACAAGAUGAGAAUGCUCAAGAUGAGUUGAGAGGGGAAGAAAAACUGGAUUCUUCAAUGCUUAGCUUCAAAACCCUUGUUUGGCAUGGAGGAUCUGUUUAUGAUGCUUGGUUCAGUUGUGCAUCAAAUCAGGUGGCACAGGUUCUUUUAACUUUGCCAUACUCAUUCUCUCAACUGGGAAUGCUUUCAGGAGUAAUUUUUCAAGUUUUCUAUGGUGUAUUAGGAAGUUGGACUGCUUAUCUCAUUAGUGUCCUCUAUAUUGAGUACAGAACCAGAAAAGAGAAAGAGAAUGUCAACUUCAACAACCAUAUCAUACAGUGGUUUGAGGUGUUGGAUGGCUUGUUGGGUUCCUACUGGAAAGCAGUGGGAUUAGCCUUCAAUUGUACUUUUCUUUUGUUUGGCACUGUGAUCCAACUUAUAGCUUGUGCAAGUAACAUAUACUACAUUAAUGAUCGGUUGGACAAGAGAACUUGGACGUACAUAUUCGGGGCUUGUUGUGCAACUACAGUGUUUAUACCGUCGUAUCACAACUAUAGAAUAUGGUCCUUUCUGGGACUAGGAAUGACGACCUACACCGCUUGGUACUUAACCAUCGCAUCCCUUGUUCAUGGCCAGGUGGAAGGAGUAACUCACUCUGGACCAAAGAAACUGGUACUCUAUUUUACUGGAGCCACCAACAUACUUUACACUUUCGGCGGACAUGCCAUCACCGUGGAAAUUAUGCAUGCAAUGUGGAGACCUAAAAAAUUCAAGUACAUAUACCUGAUUGCAACCUUGUAUGUCUUCACUCUUACAAUUCCAUCAGCCGCUGCCGUUUACUGGGCCUUUGGCGAUCAACUCCUUACACAUGCCAAUGCCUUUUCGCUUCUUCCGCGAACUGGUUUUCGUGAUGCUGCUGUCAUUCUUAUGCUCAUCCACCAGUUUAUAACAUUUGGAUUUGCUUGCACUCCUUUGUACUUUGUGUGGGAGAAAGCAAUUGGCGUGCAUGAGACUAAGAGCAUAUGCUUAAGAGCACUAGCUAGGCUACCAGUGGUUAUACCUGUAUGGUUCUUGGCCAUUAUUUUUCCCUUCUUCGGGCCCAUUAAUUCUGCUGUUGGGGCAUUUUUGGUUACCUUUACAGUUUAUAUCAUCCCUUCUCUUGCACAUAUGCUCACCUACCGCAAGGCAUCGGCCCGAGAGAAUGCAGCAGAGAAGCCUCCAUUCUUCCUCCCCAGCUGGACAGGCGUGUACAUGAUGAAUAUUUUUGUGGUGGCAUGGGUUUUUGUUGUUGGAUUUGGAUUUGGAGGGUGGGCAAGCAUGACCAAUUUCAUUAAACAAGUUGAUACAUUUGGUCUCUUUGCCAAAUGUUAUCAGUGCAACCCCAAAACUCCACCACAUAACUAAUGACAAAAUUUAUCACUGUGCCUUAGUAUAACUAUUAUGGGGUAGGAUAGGCUGGGCUGGGCUGGGCUGCGCUGAAGGGAUCCAGCAAUGUCCCAAUUGUAUCUACUCUUUCUGCUUAGGAAAAAUAUGUUAGUAUAAAAUUACCAUAUAUCCAUAGUAAUACGUGGAAAUGAUUUGAUUUCUAAGACUUAAAGCAAUAA